AUGGAUGAAAAUCAUGUAUUUAUUGAACAUUAUCCUGUUGAAUGUUUUGCUUAUGACAGUGAUGUUAGUAGAUGGACUAAUAAAAGAUUAGUUAAAGAAAUGAUGAAAGAAGGGAAACGAUCUUUAGCAUUUAGAUUAUUUUCAUGUAAAAUAACCGGAAAGCAAAUGAUAGAAUUAAAAGAAAAUGAAUGUGAUAAUCUUAGACUAAAUAGUCAAUUAAAAGAAGAAUUAUUUCAAUACGUUAAAAAAUAUCAAAAAAUUGCUUCAAUUAAUAUUUUACAAAGGGCAAUUAGAAGACAUAAAAUCCAACCUCAAAUAAAUGAAUAUAUUUAUAGAGGAACUGUAAUAAAUGAAAUUAUUACAACAGAAAUUAAUUAUGUUGAUACAUUACAAUAUACAAUUGAAAAUAUUAAAAGACCAUUAGAAAAUAAUAAUGAAAUUUUAAAUUAUGAAGAACAAAAAACAUUAUUUUCAAAUAUAGAAACUGUUUUUCAAACCAAUAAAGUUUUUUGUAGUGAUUUAAUAAAAGGAUGUAGUAGAUUUAAUAUUAAUACAACAAUAGGAAAUAUUUUUUUAACAUUCAUUCCAUUUUUAAAAGUUUACAAUGAAUAUUGUUCUAACUUUAGACAUACAAUUGAUCUUAUUAAAACAUUAAAAUAUCCACAUAAAUUUGCUCCUUUUUAUUCUAAAAUACAAUAUAAACAAUCUCCUUAUUCAAAAAGUUCAAUUUCUGAUUUAUUAAUAACUCCUGUUCAAAGACUUCCAAGAUAUCAAUUAUUAUUAAAAGAUUUAUUAAAACAUACUCAACAAAGUCAUAUUGAUUAUAAUAAUAUUAAAAAAGCUCUUGAAAUGAUUCAAGAAGUUGCUAAUAAAGUUAAUGAAACUUCAAAAAUUAAUGAAUUAACUGAAGAAACACAAAAAUACUUUUCAAAAACUCUUCAUAUUCCAGAAGAAAUUCAAAUGGUUCCACAAGGUAGAAUUUUAAUAAAAACAAUAAAAGUAAAUGGUAAAGCAGAUAGAAAAUAUGUUGUAAUGAUUUUUAAUGAUUCUAUUAUUAUAAUUAAAGAACAACAAGAAGAAGAUGAAAAAGAAGAAAGUUAUACUUUUAAAUUUUUCUCAAAAUUUAAUGAAUUAAGUAUUAAUAUUGAUGAAUUAAAAAAAAGUAAAUCAGAAAAUUUAUUCUCUUUACAAUUAAAAAAUAAAAAAGAUCAUAUCGUUUUAUGUUUCUCUUCUGUUGUUGAUCGUUCUCAAUUUAAAUCUAUUCUUCAAAAUUCAAUUGAUAAAUUCUUUGAAAAUAAAUAA